AUGUCCUUAUGGUUUUGUUUGACUAUUCAUGCCAUCGCAGUGGAAAUCUACUUGAACCUCUCACCAGCGGAGUCUGAGAGGUUGAGAAUCAUUAGCUAUGAGAAGCAGCUUGAGGCUGGCUUUACAGUUCCCGAACAAGCACAAUCGACCACCCACGAGAACAGAAAUGCCAUGGCGUGGAAACCUGUCAGUCAAAGUGAAUCAUGA